UUUUCCUUCUUUCCGGUCCUGUGCUGUUGUGAAGAAUGGCCAUAACUUCAUGUAAUUUUCCGCACUGAAGCAGAACAGGAAGAACCAAGCGAUAUGGCGGUUGUGCCGCAGCAAAUCAACUUGCUGGCGCAUUCGCCUCGGACCCUGCCCAUUGUGGCUGCGGCCUUUGAUGAAGCCUCCACACUGUAUUGGGUCGUGUCCAGGGAGGGAUACAUCGCAUCGUAUGAGCUGCCCUACGGGCUCAAGUUUUCUGCGUGGCACCUCUCCGUCGAGGAUGAGAUUGUGGACCUGGUGCCCAAAGGAAGCGUGGUGUGUGUAGUUCGCACAUCCGCGAUUGACGUGCACCAACAAGGCAGCCUUCUUCUCCAGUCCAUCUCGAGCUCCAUGCUGCGAAACAUCACGUGUGCAACCGAUGCCCCACGAACGCUGAACAUGUUCGUCGGCACGGAGGGCGGGACAGUGGUGAAGGUUGACGCGGCACAGGGCACCGUCUCCAUGCAGGUUGAGCUCGAUUACGGCGCUGUCAACUGCCUCAGGUGUGCCAACCGGUUUGUAGCGGCGGGCACGCGGGCGGGCAAAGUUGUGCUGCUCGACCGCCGGCUGCUGGUGGAGGUAUGCGUGUUUGACGCGUUUAAGGGCGGUGUGGAAUCCCUGGCGUCCGCAGGCAACAUCCUCCUCGCCAUUGGCAGAGAUAAAGACGGGCAAAUCGACCCCAUUGUCCGCGUGUACGACGUGAAGCACAAACACGCCAGGCACCCAAUGAUUCAACGCGGCCCGCCCGCCACGCACGCGGCGCUGGUGCGGCCACAGGAAGCGCUGCCGUCAGCACCGCCACCGCCACCGCCGCAGGUCAUCACCGUCAAUGCGCACCACCACCUCGUCAUUGGCGGGGUGGAUGGGGGUGGCGGUGGGGCCGUGCGUGCACGCGUUCCCCUCAACAUGCCUCACACCCGGUGCACAGGCGUUGCGGUCGCCCCAUCGGGACAGAUUAUUUGUGUUGCGGACAGCGGCGGGUCUGUGCACGUCAUUGCGACCACGCCGCACCCUGUCGUCUCGCUCGCCCCGGCAAUGGCCCUCCAGCUCCUGGAUCGCAAUGACCUUCAGGCGCACACGAACAUCGCCAUCGACGACUACUCAAAGAGCCUUGGGUUCAUGCUGGUGCAGAGCACGGCGCUCUCUGAAUGGGAGUUUGAAACACAGCGCUUUUCGCGUCCGCCCAUUCCUGUUCCAGAAGAAAUCCAGGCAAACCUGCGACUGGGGCAUGGGCAGGUGCAGGGCCAGAUGAUUGGAUAUGCUCCAAACCUGCUCAACUGGAGAGUUAACCAGGUGCAGUACGCGUCCAAGUUCCUGCGGCGGCCGCGCGGAUACCGCCACCACCACGGGCGAUCGACAUACGACGACCACACGCGCGCAGACGAGCGCAACUCUGUUGUUCCGCUGCAGUACAGGAAAUGCGACAUCAAGUACACGCUGCGCGGGCUGGAUGGGUUUGAUUUUGAGAAGUACAACGGAACCCCGCAUUGCGGGCUUGAGCCCGAUGUGCCCAACUCCUACUGCAAUGCCCUCCUGCAGGCCCUUUACUUCAACGCCCCGCUCCGCGCCCUCUGCGUCCAGCACCACUGUGAUAAGGAGAACUGCGUUGCGUGCGAGCUGGGAUUUCUCUUCCAGAUGAUGUCCAAGAUAGCAAAGACGUGUCAGGCCACCAACUUCCUGCGGUGCGUGCGGACAUCUGUUGAGGCGAAGAACCUGCCGCUCCUUGUGCCCAACAGCAGCGGCGGUGGAAAAGAGGACAUUCAUUCCACCAUCCGCUCCUGGCUCACGUUCAUCUUCAGCCAACUGGAGGACGUGUCUGUGCCGCCCGCGAUGCUGACGCCCAAGGAUCAGCACCGCCGCUCGUCCCCAGACACCCCCGGCGACGUGCCGUCGUUCAAGGAGCAGUUCUGUGUCGCCACCACCGACAUUGUCUCCUGCCUCUCAUGCAAGUCCGUGUCGUCGUCGCAGACGACCGCGCCCGUCCUUGCCCUCCACGCACCGGAGGAGGUGACGAAGGCUGUUGGUGCGCGCAUGCCGCUGACACCAUCGAAACCAAGCGGCCCGCCACCAGCGGCUGCUGCAUCAUCAUCAUCGCCAUCGUCGUCACCAUCGUCGUCAGCCGCCAACGCCGUAUCACCGCCACACGGGCCCAGCGCUGCCGCGGCUGCUGCUGCCGCUGGCAGGGGAAGGAGGGCCGGUAAGGGCGCAAAGCACGUGCGUGCGGGGAAAACGAGUGGCAAGAACAACGCCAACGACAGCGCUGCCGCUGCCACCGCUGCUGCGUUGGGGGAGAAUGCGGACCUGUUUGCCGACGUGACCUUUGAUGACGUCAUGAACGAAGCACUCUGCAACACCCAAGUCCUGGGCGCCCACUGCAAGAAGUGCGGACGGUUCCGAAAGUCCAAUGUGACGCGGCGGCGCGACGUCACGUCCACCAUGCUUUGCAUCGAGUGCCCACUCACCAGGGAUGCUGACAUGCAGAUGUGGCGGGCAAAAGCGCCCGCAUUCAAAGGCGAGCGCACAAACGCACACAUUGCCACGCCAGCCACCGAAAGCGAGAGCAGCAGCAGUAGUAGCAGUCAUGGCAAUGGCGAUGGCGAUGGCAGCAGCAGCGAUGCACCUAUUUCGUGGCUGCCGUGGCGAUUGUGGAUUCGCCCGUCUCACGACGACGACGCUGACACCGACACCAGUAGCGGUAGCAGCGGUAAGAACAGCCAAGGCAAGAGCAGCAGCAACAGCAACAGCAAGAGCAAGGGCGGCAAGCAGGGCGAUGGCAAGGCGGGUCGCCGCGUGGUUGGUGAGCUGGUGACGCCAACAACACUGCAACACGCCGACGCACAGUUGCUACACCACCAACAGCAGCAACAGCAGCAGCAACAGGAAGAUGCGGACGGACGUGUGCUGUAUGAGCUGGUUGGCGCCGUGUUCCACAUCAAGGACGAAUUUGGAAACCAGCACUCUGUCUCCGUCGUCAAGACGCUGUAUCAGGAGGGCGCCGUGUACGGGUGGCGGGUGCCGUCGCCACCGCACCCCUCGCCAUUCAUCAGACACGCCACCCCAUACACCACCCUUCGCCGUCCUCUCCGCGCGUCCAUGCCCCGUGGUGGCGGCACGGUUGGUCGCGGCGGCAUCCGUGGUGGUGCACCGGGCAUGAUCAUGCGCGCGCGCCACCCGCAGUCGCUGCCGCAGCUUGGCGUCGGCGUGCCAACCACUGCGACACAACCCUCACCGUCGCUGUCGUCAACAACGGCAGCAUCGUCGGCAAUGGCGCAUCACCAGCAGCACGUGAGUGGCGCCCCGCCUCCAAUGCCGCAUGGCACGUUCAGGCCGCCGCUACGCAUGCAACCCCCACCGCCGGCACAGCAGCUGCAGCAGCUGCAACAGCAACAACAACAGCAGAUGAGGAGCGAGAGCAAUGGCAACAGCGCUGGCGGUGCUGGGAUGAUGGGCCGGUCAUCAAGCAUGCCCGCGGCCAUGAAUAUCCCGUACUACGUGGCGCCCCACCACCAGCACCAGCCGCACCAGCACCAGCACCAGCACCAGCAGUAUCAUCCAUACGAUGCUUCCCAGUACCAGAUGCAGCAGCCUUCCUCGCACGGUCGCCCGCCCAUGCGCCCACGCGGCGGCCCCAACUGA